AUGGAAUACGCACUUGACAAAGCUUUACAAGAAAUGACGUUAGAGGAAGAGAGACCAAUCAUAUUAAAAAAUCUUCCUCAAUUCAGUUCUUGUGAAAGGAACGUUUGCAGCAGUAUUGGGCGUCUCUUAUGCCCAGAAAAUCAGAAAAUGUCGAAGGUUAUCCAUGAUAUGCCAAGGCUGUGGCGUGUGUACAAUAGGGUCCGAGGCAUAGCUUUGCCUAAUGAUCGGUUUCAAUUCAUCUUUGAUUCGGAAACUGAUCUGUCUAUGGUUUUGAAUUCUGGUGCUUGGACGUAUAAUGACUGGAGCAUGACCUUGGAGAGAUGGGUUGAGAAACCGCCUUCAAACUACUUAAAGGUAUUGCCGAUUUGGUUACGUCUUUGUAACAUUCCGGUGAAUCAUAACACAGCGGCGACUGUGAGAGAAAUUGCUGAAUACAUUGGUCAGGUUACCGAUGUGGCCUUUGGUCCGUUGAAACCUCAGAGUAAGAGAUAUGUUCGUGUGAGAGUUUUGUUCGAUGUCAAUAGGCCAUUGCGAAACACCUGGGCACUACAGAUUCCAUCAGGAGAGACUGUUACUAUUGGGAUUGAAUACGAACGUAUUCGCAGAAGAUGUUAUCAAUGUCAGAGGUUAACUCAUGACAAGGAUCGUUGUCCAUUUAACCCCUCAAACCGACAAGCAAUUGCUACGGGAGGUGUUAAACCGGCAGCGAUAAUUCCAUCAAGACUGAUUCCAAAAAUCAGUAAAGACGAUCCCCUCUUUGGUGUACUAACAGAUGAUGACGUGGGGAUUGAUGUUGUUUCUGGAAAACCAAAGAUUGCUAAGGAGGUUUUAGAUGAGAUGAGACAAUACUUAUCUGUUUCUGAUCCUCAAAUGAAGAAAGUUAACAUAGAAAGAGUUCGCAAGUCUGUAUGGGACUUAGAAGGAGAUUCAAAAGGUCAGAAAACGUUGCUGAGGUUAGAGGCUCCAACAAAAUUUACCACUGAUGUUGACAAAGACAAAGGACUAGUUUUCGAUUUUUCUGGUGUCAAUGAAGCAACUAGUAAUAACGAAGGUUCGGUUACGUCUGCGGUACGUAAAGGAACAGCCAUGACUCGUUUAUCAGAACCUGUUCAAUCGUCUUCUGCAACUUAUGUCUCUGCUGCUCAAUCUGAGUUUGGUUCUACGGAUAUUAGAGCUAGUUUUUCAGCUGGUUCUACCGGAACCAAAGUCAAAAAUGGAAAGCGUAGAAGACGACCACAUCAAUGGGUGAGAAAAGCACAAGCAGUGAAGAAGGUUUUAGAACCUAUUCAAACCGAUCAAGACCUGGAUGCUGGGGAGGGUUUCAAGUCAAAAAGGAAAGUUGUUGAUGAAGCUAUUGUAUCAUCAAAAAUUGCCAAGCGUGAUGAAUUUAAGGUGGUUCCGAAUGAGGAACCGCCGAGCCAAGUAUGA